GACUAUGGACAAUGAUAGACUUAGAUGUAGUUUGUUACAGCAGAUAAGAUGUGAGUAUUCGCAAUGUAGACAUGGCUAGUAUUGAUUUCCUUCCUGUUUUUCAGAAAAGGAAGUUGAUACUUUAGUGCCAGAUCCUUUUUUUUUGCAGAGUGUGUGUGGGGGGGUAGAAAUGCAUCUUAUCCUCACUUUGGGACAUAGUUAUACAAUAGCCUACACACAUGCGUGGUCUUUGUUAUUUUUUCCUCUCCAUCUUGACCCAAGUGUCAGCCAGCACCCUCAAAGUCAUUGGCUUCUUUGGGCACAAUGUCACUUUGCCCUGUAGUUACGACUCCCAAACUCACGGCGUCCUGGGUUUCUGCUGGGGACAAGGGAUGGUGCCCAUGUCCAAAUGCUCCAACACCAUCCUCUCCUCAGGGGAUGGGGUUGUGGUUUUCAGGGAGUCCCCCAGAUACCAGCUGCUGGGCAGGGUGGCAGAUGGAGAUGUGUCGCUGACCAUCCUGGAUGCUCAGUGGAGUGAUGCCGGUGUGUACGGCUGCAGGAUUGAGAUCCCAGGAUGGCUCAAUGAUAAAAAGAUCAACACAGAACUUGUCUUGGAGGAAGCUCCUGUGGAACAACUUGUUACCCAGGACUGGACACUGACUACUGAUGGAAGACAGGACACAUUGACAACAUCUGCUCCAAAUAAUGUAGAUACAUCAACUGAGGAAAAAUUCAAAGCCUUCCUGCAAGUGGAAAACAUCAGCAGGGCUGCAAUUAUUUUCUUCUUGGGCGCAAUCAUAAUCCUCGUCUUUGUUUACUGGAGAAGAUUUCUGCCCAAGACGACACUUCAACAUCUCAACGCCUCAACUGCUGAGAACAUUUACGAAGUGUUAUGAAUUGCCCCUAUGAUGGAGUGCUGGUCAACAUAAUGAGGACAUAUGAGUGAAGAAGGCACUGCUAGCUGAAUGUGUCUUGCCGUGUGCUGACUCUAUCCACCUCCUCAGCUUUAUUGAGAAACCUUUUGAACCCAGUAAAGCAGCUUACAGGGUCCCACUAUUCUCAGAUAGCUCCGAAAAAGGCAAAUGUGUGUCAUGUGCGUCUGAGCAGAUGCAAAAAUAUCCUGCAGAUUAAUUAAUUUGCUUCUAUUUUUCUGUCUGUUUUUCAUGGCAAAGUUGAUGUCGCAGCUCUGAAAAGCUUGUGGACGGUUCAUACUUGUGUACACAAUGCCACCUACUGGACUCAGUGUGUCAUUAUCAAAAUGUUAAAGAAGAUUCUACUGUGAAUGCACUGUACAUUUACUGUGAAUCAAUCAAAUGUUUAUUUUAAUUUUUUUUUUACUGUAAUGGUUGGAUUUAAUGUAUGAAUUGUAGAUUUAAAAGUGGUUGAAUAACUUUGUAAAAUAAAAAAGACAUUAUGGACAGAC